UGUCAAAUAUAUUAAAUAACAAUGGUGAUAAACGAUUAGUAUUAGUAUGAAGGCGUAGUGGAAACUGUAAUGUGUUAGUGUAUUAAUUAUUAUUCGCUUACUCGUCUGUUCAUCGAAUUUUAGUAUAAACCAGUCCGCUAAUUCAAAAUUGUUAAUAAUGAAAACAUUGAAAACUGUUGCCAACGAGGAAACCGAAAAUAAUAAAGUGAGGUGUCCAAGAAAGGAAUGAGGAAGUUUUUGCGCAACCUACAGCCUUCAAGUGAAGGCAAAGAAAACUUGGUGGGUGCUGGCAGGACAUUACAGGACAUGGCGAUCGAAGGAAAAACCACAAAACCUGAACCAAAUUUUGACGAAACGGAAGUAUGUGUUACAGAAACAUCUACUGUUGCUGAAAUGAAUGAGUCAUUAUACAAACAAUUGCUAACUGAAGAUCUCACUUCUAAAGCUGGCCCAAGUGAAAAAUACUGGGAAGUGAUCGCUGAACGCCGUAGAAAAGCUUUAGAGGAAGUAUUGGAAGCAAAUGAAAAAUUACAAGCAAUGGUUAAUGCUUUAGAAGAAGAAAACAAGACUUGCAAGCAAUUGAUUGAAAACACUACUGACCUCGUCAACACACUUAAGCAAGUGAUAAAUGAGAGUCAAAUUUCUGAUGAUGACGAUGAGCCAUCUAAUGAAAAGGGAGACAGUGGUUUGAGUACGCCAGACAGUUAUUCGAGUGUAAAACAUAUACAUAAGAAAAUGAAGACAUCACAUUCAAAUGAUUGUUCAGAUAGCGACUAAAAGAGUUAAAUUGUAUCUAUACUCAAGUUCCAAGUUACUAAAAUAAUAAGAACAUAAUUUGUACAAAAAUGUCACAAGUUUCUAGUAGGUUUAUGUUAAUUUAUUUAUUUCUAUAAGGGUAUUAUAUUAAUUAUGUUUAAAAAGUAGUAUAAGUAUUUUUUUUUUUUACUUCACAUUCAAUCAUAAUAUAAUUGUUUGAUAUAUUGCAAUAAGAUAUUAUUAGGUAGACCAAAUAGUUAUGUUUGUAUUGUAUAAAAAAUUAAUAGCCAAACAUUUUCACUAUGGCAUCAUAAAAUGAAUAAAUGAUAUUUUGUACUUUGAAAAAA